AUGACGAAAUCAAAUGACAACUUGCUGUGUAUGAGGACAGAGCACAAAACCGUACACCACAAUUCUCUUUCUCAGAUUCUUCUGAGUAAAACUUUUGUGAAUUGGAUGGAAAUUGAAGAAAUUUAUUCGGAGAAAUCUUCUAAGAAUCCCUCUAAUGAAGUUAUCAUAGUCAGAUGCUUUUGCACUCAUUUAAAUGGCUUGAUUAAAACAUUUUUGAUACCACAUGCUUUUAUGAAGCCUUCGAAAAACAACAUAAACUCUUCCCUUCAGUCAACGAUGAUAUGA